UGUUUUUGUACUUUUAUGUUUUUGUAGCGUAAGUAUUUAAAGUAUUUUAUAAAUACCAACGAAAAUAUGUUUCAUUAUAUUGUAUCUAUUACUAUCAUUUUAAUUUUUCUUAUGGCACUGAUUUUAUAUGUAAGUUUAGAUAAAAAAGUGGUAUACAAAACUUUGCAAAAUAAGCACGUUGUUGUCACUGGUGGUUCGAGUGGUAUUGGUAAAGCAGCAGCGAUAGAAGCAGCAAAAUUGGGCGCGAAUGUCACCAUAAUAGGCCGUGAUAUUGCAAAAUUAAAAAUUGCAGUUAGUGAAAUUAUCGAACAUUGCAUGGAUAAGUCCGAACAAAAGAUUCAGUAUGCUGCACUGGAUGUUACAUCAAAGUAUGAAACGAUAUCGCAAUGUUUAUCAAAAUUAGAGUCGGACGUAGGGCCGAUUUUUAUGCUCGUGAACUGCGCUGGCACAUGUGUCUGUGGCCAAUUUGAGAACAUGAAAGAACAGGAUAUAAAAAUGAUGAUUGAUCUCAAUUAUUUUGGCACUGCAUACCCAACAAGAUAUGUUCUGAAACCAAUGAAAGAGCGAGAUGAAGGUUUGAUAGUGUUUGUAUCAUCUGAAGCAGCUUUUAUCGGUAUAUAUGGGUAUAGUGCCUACAGUGCAGCCAAAUGGGCUCUUAGGGGAUUAGCAGAAUCUUUGAUUAUGGAAUUGGUGGGAACAAAUGUAAGAUUAACUCUAGCAUUCCCUCCUGAUACUGAUACUCCUGGAUUUGAGAAAGAAGAGCUAACGAAACCGGAAGAGACCAAACUUAUUUCUGGUUCUGGUGGAUUACAUUCGGCUGAUGUCAUAGGCAAAAAAAUUAUACAAGAUGCAAUGGUAAAUAUAAUUGGCAACAAACACCUUUAAAUUACAUAAAUAUUCAUAGAUAUAUUUCUAAUCAACAACAAUUUGUUACAGAUUGGUAGAACAUAUUCAGUUUUUAGUUUCUCUGGUAAAUUAUUGUCCAUACUGAAUUGUGGAUCUAUUGAAAGUACAUCACAAGUUUUGAUACAAGUAUUUUCAAUGGGAUUAUUACGAGCUAUUAUAGUAAGCAUUAUGCUAUCUUUCCAUAAAAUUGUGAAAAAUGGCCUAAAGAAGAGGAAACAAUUAGAAAAACAAAAAGCUCAUUAAAUGUUAGUACAUCUUUUAUUAAGAUUUAACCAAUAUUUUGAUAGCUAUUGUAAAAUGUUUAUACUUUAAGUACCUAGUUAAAACAUAUAUUUUAUUAUUUAUGCACAAAAGUUUAGUUGCUAGUAGUUAAAAAGUUCGAUAUAAGAUUAUUUUAUAUAGCAUUACAUUGCAGAAAAGCUCUUUUUCAAAAAAUACAAUUAAAAUAUUGAAGUUUCAACAAUUUCAUUACUAAUCCUUUAUGAUAAGAAUCAUAUCAUAAA